AAUAACAAAAGUCAGCUGUUCAACAAUAAUUAUGUAAAAUUAAAAUAUUCUUGCAAAUGAGUAAAUAAGAUAGAGUUAUCUUUUCUUUAAACUGUCAGUGUUAAAAUUAUUCUUCCUUUAAUUUUCAAUAUAAUGGUAAAAAAUGAUUAAGUGUCGAUUAAAUAAUUUGUUGUGUCUCUAGAAAAAUUUUACUUUUUUAAAUUAAACAUAUUCUUGUUACCUUCUUUUUAAUUCUCUCAUAAUGAUUUAUAAAUAUUUACUGUAUAAUACACGAUUAAUUCGUGCUUCACAUGGUUUCCUGUCAAAUUUUGAGGUUAGAGUGAAGAAUCGUUUUUGCUCUUACAUUCAAGGGCAAUCUCCAGAGCCCAGGAUUCGGGAAUAUUUUUAUUACAUCGAUCAUCAAGGAAUGUUAUUUCUCGAUGACACGAAAAUAAAAAACUUUACUUCCUGCUUCAAAGAUAAACAAUUUUUGGUUUUCUUCUUUCGGAGAUUGCGAUUAAAUAACACUGGACGUUAUUCACAAGACUUUCCAUUUGUUUCAUUAUGUGGUCGUGAGAGGAAUUUCGUAAGAUGUGACGAUCUUCCAAUUGUUUUUACCCACAUUAUCAAUAAGAAAACUGACAAAUCGCAUCAAAAUACAGAUGAACAAUUUUGUUACGCUCACGCUGGUGAACUAUUAACAGUUCCUUUUGAACCGAGAAAAAUUUUUAUGAAUCCUACAACUGGCAGAGUUUAUCAUCCAGCACCAAUUAUUAUUGGUGGAAUUGGCCUUGUAAAAUCUAGUCUAGCAAUUGAAUUCAGUUCUUAUUUUUCAUUUGAUAAUGGAGAAGAAAAUGGGCCCACUCAAUUCUUAUGGCAAAAUAAGAAAUACGAUCUUGAUACCGAAUGGUAUAAAGAUAAAGUACUGAAACUCUCCUAUAAAUUGUAAUUUACUUUUUUGUAUUUUGAUUUGAAAAAAACUGCUUUAGACUAUUUUUUGUAUAAUUGUAAAAUUGUUGAUAUAAAGUUUAAUAAAUUCUAUUUUGAUACUU